AUGAGCGCGACGCGCGCCGGGGUGACGCCGCUGCCGAAGUAUAAGCUCGUGUUCUUAGGGGAUCAAUCCGUGGGGAAGACGUCGAUCAUCUCGCGAUUCAUGUACGACAAGUUCGACAACUCGUACCAGGCGACGAUCGGGAUCGACUUUUUGUCCAAGACGAUGUAUCUGGAGGAUCGCACGGUGCGGUUGCAGUUGUGGGACACGGCUGGACAGGAGCGGUUCCGGUCGCUCAUACCGUCGUACAUCAGGGAUAGCUCGGUGGCGGUGAUCGUGUACGACGUGAGCUCGCGGGCGAGCUUCGUGAACAGUGCGAAGUGGAUAUCGGAGGUGAAGGCGGAACGCGGAGGCGACGUGAUAAUCGCGUUGGUGGGGAACAAGACGGAUUUGGACGGACGCGAGGUGAGCGCGGCGGAAGGCGAGGCGAAAGCGAAAGAAGAGGGCGUGAUGUUCAUCGAGACGAGCGCCAAGGCGGGAUUUAACGUCAAGGUGUUGUUUCGCAAAAUCGCGGCGGCGUUGCCGGGGAUGGAGACGCCGAGCACCAAGGCGGACGAGGACUUGGUCGAGGUAAAACUUACGGGACAAGCGCAGCAAUCGGCGAAAUCGUCGUGUUGUUAGCCAAUCGCGGCAUCGGUAGUCCGGUAUUAGGAACCUAGAACUCGAACGGGCUUUGCCGAAUACAUUACUUCGCUACCAAACA